AUGGUUUUUCUUUUCAGUUUCACUUAUAUUCGCAUCAUCGCCAUCGUGCAGUUCGUCUUUUUCAUUGUACCGUUUCCACUGAAAAUUCUCACCGAGCACUACCAACGCGGCCAGACAUGGAUCGCCACCAAUUUCUUGCCUGUCGUCAUCGGACUUUUUCACUUCGCCAUCUCGUCGCUGUGCCUUUGUGUUGCCUUCCGACUGCAGCUCUUGCUCAAUUAUGUCAGAGUUAGUGCUUCCGCUCUUUACUAUUAUUCAGCGAUGGCGGUAUUCUGCUGUGUAUGUUUCAUCGUUUCUGAACGCUGUCUGCUUCCGCAAAUCGGCUCUCCGUACGCAGCCAAGCACGCUCCACUGUUCGCCAACCUGCGUCCGAUGCUUCUGGCGCUGAUGACUUCUCAGUCGAUCGUUCAUCAACCGAGCACAUUUUGCGCAGUGCGGCAGUGCCACAUCGAUGACGCGACGAAGGUAUCGUUAUUACUCUGGCAAAGCUUACAAGCCGUCCUGAAAGAGGAUGCGAUAUAUCGCGUUCGAUUCGCAAUGCCGCAAAGUGUUGGCGUCAUUGAAGAAGAAGAUGAGAGUGGUGAGCAACGAGAUGACGAGGCGACUGUGGCGCAUGCUUUCAUGGAAAGCGCUCAAUUUCUUGAGCGACCCAUUUUUGUGGAAGACGAUUCGAACAGCGGCUACAGUGAACACAUGCUAUGA